AUGGCUCUUGCCGAGAAAUUCGAAAAGAUUAGCCUCGAUGAGGUCUCCAACAUUGUCAGUGCGGUCAAAUCUGACGGUUUGAAGAAAUCUGGUCUUGCGGAUAACUACGAGGUUUUGCAAGCACGAUGCGGUUCCAAGGACGAGAAGGAAGCCGUUGCUGCCUGCAAGACUGUCGUCAGUCUCAUGACCGAGGUUCCUGAAUCCCAAGUUUUUGUCAAGGAAUGCCUUGGAGCUUGCUUGGAACAAGCACUCGCCAGGAGCAAGGCUAUUGUCGAGGCCAGUGAGGAAGCUGCCUUCGUCAUUUGCCAAAAAACGGAUCCAUUUGCCAUGAAAUCUCUUCUCCCUCAAAUUUUUGCCGCUCUUCCCGUGGAAAAGAAGUGGCAAAUUAGGGAACGUGCCCUCAAGUGCAUUGCUCUUUUCCCAGAGCUCGCUCCCAAGCAGUUGGGAGAUGCUCUUCCCGAGGUUGUACCCGAGGUUACUGCUUGCAUGUGGGACACCAAAAAGCAAGUCAAGGUCGCUGCCACAGCUGCCAUGAAAGGGGCUCUGAAUGUUAUCGGCAACAGGGAUAUUGAGCACAUGACUGCAGAAAUUCUAACUGCCAUUUCCAAGCCCAAGGAGGUGCCUGAAAUUAUGCACAAGAUGGCUGGAGUUACUUUUGUCCAAAGUGUGGAGUCUCCUGCCCUUGCCAUGGUUGUACCACUUUUGCUCCGUGGUUUGCGAGAAAAAAAUAUUGCCACCAAGCGUCAGUCCGCUGUCAUUAUUGACAACAUGAGUAAGCUUGUGGACAAUCCCCUCGAUGCCGCACCUUUCCUUCCUUUGCUUCUUCCUGCUCUUGAGUCCAAUGCCAAGAGUAUUGCCGACCCUGAAGCUCGUGAAGUUACUGAGCGUGCUGUUGGCCAGUUGGAGCGUCUGAAGGGAUUGGCUGACAAGGCAGCUUCUGUCCGUGGAGACACCUCCAAACUCGAAGGAGAGUUCCAGAAGGCCCUCGGAGUAAGCGACCCCGAUGCUGGCUAUACGAAGGUCAUUCAACAUGCCUGCACGAUCGCCACCACAAUGAUGGACUUGAAAUACAUGGAAGAUUUGCAAUGGACCAAGAACGUUUCCCCCAUUUUGGCAACUUACUCUGACAAGGCCAAGGCCGACGAGGCCGUUGAGAAGGUCCGUGUUGAGGCCGAGAAGAUGCUCGAAAUACCCGAGGAGGAUGACGACGACGAUGAUGCCGAGGAAUUGUGUAACUGUACUUUUACUCUCGCUUACGGUACCAAGAUUCUUCUCCACAACACGAAGAUGAAGUUGAAGCGUGGAAAGCGAUAUGGUCUGCUCGGACCCAAUGAUUGUGGAAAGACAACUUUGAUGAGAUCCAUUGCCAACAACCAAGUCGAAGGAUUCCCCGACACUGACCAAGUCCGAACUGUGUUCGUUGAGGCCGAUAUUCAGGGAGAACAGUCGCAUCUUUCUUGUGUCGAAUACGUCUGUGCUGAUCCCAAGCUUCAGAAAAUGGGAAUCAAAGAAGAUGAGGCCCGAAAGGUUCUUGGAACCGUCGGUUUUACACCAGACGGAAAGGCCAAGCCUGAUCACGCAGUGUCUACUCUCAGUGGAGGAUGGCGCAUGAAGCUGGCCCUGGCCCGUGCUAUGCUCCAGAGGGCCGAUAUCCUUCUUCUGGAUGAACCUACCAAUCACUUGGAUGUUAUUAACGUUGCCUGGGUGAAGACUUACUUGAACUCCCUGGACAGUGUGACAUCCAUCAUUGUCAGUCAUGACUCUGGUCUCCUGAACGAUUGCUGUACCCACAUCCUCUCCUUCGACAACUUGAAGCUUAAUACGUACAAGGGUAACUUGGACGAAUACGUCAAGACCCACCCAGCUGCCCGAGCCUACUUCUCCUUGAGCGCCUCCAAGAUGAAGUUCAAGUUCCCUCAACCUGGUCCCAUUGAGGGUGUCAAGUCCAAGGGUAAAGCUUUGAUGAAGAUGUCCAAGUGUACCUUCACUUACCCUGGAAACGAAGCUCCUACCCUUUUCGAUAUCUCUAUUCAAGUGUCUCUCAGUUCCCGUGUUGCCUGCAUCGGAGAGAACGGAGCCGGAAAAUCCACCAUGAUUAAGCUUUUGGUUGGAGAAAUUAUCCCACAAAUUGGAGAUGUGUGGAAGCACCCUAACGCUCGUAUCGCCUACGUUGCUCAGCACGCUUUCCACCAUAUUGAAAGUCACUUGAGCAAGACCCCCAAUGAGUACAUCCGAUGGCGAUUUGCCAAUGGCGGUGAAGACAAGGAGAGUCUUGUUAAGGUUACCCUGCAAUUCACCGACGACGAAAUUGCCCUGCAGAAGAAGCCCUUUGAAAUCACCUUCAUGGACGAGGACACUGGAAAGAUCUCCAAGGUCAAGAAGGUUGUCGCCGAGCUUGUUGGAGGACGUAAGCUCAACAAGGCUAAGGAAUACGAAUACGAAGUCAAGUACUCCGGUUCCACCGUUGAAAAUGGCGAGUUCCUCCCUGCCAAGACAUUGAAGAAGAUGGGAUGGGACAAGGCCAUGAAGGCAGUCGAUCUCAAGCUCGCCCAAUUGCAGGGUGUUUUCUUGAAGCCUCUUUCCACCAAGAACGUCGAGGAGCACUUGGAGCACUGUGGUUUGGCCCGUGAAUUCGGAACCCACUACCGUAUCUCUGCCCUCUCCGGAGGACAAAAGGUCAAGGUUGUGUUGGCCGCUGCCAUGUGGAUGCAACCGCACAUUGUUAUCUUGGACGAACCCACCAACUACUUGGAUCGUGAGAGUUUGGGUGCCCUUGCCGGAGCCAUUGAGACGUUUGAUGGCGGUGUUGUGAUUAUUUCGCACAACAAUCAGUUCGUGUCGCAGCUGUGUCCCGAGACCUGGGUGAUGGACGCUGGUCACUUGGAAACCAAGGGAGAUGCCGACUGGAUGCUUAAGCAGGACGAGAAGAUUGACGAUCAAAUGCAACUGCAAGAAAUGACAGAUGCUGCCGGUAACAAGGUGGAGAUCAAGCAAGCCAAGAAGAAGCUGUCCAAGAAGGAAGAGAAGCAAAUGAUCAAGAAGAUCAAGGCCAAGAUCAAGAACGGCGAGCCUCUUGACAGUGACGAAGAAGAUUUGGCAUACGAGAAGGACCUGUUGUAA